CAACACCCAUACACCCACCCACGAGGCCCAACUCUCCAACCUCCAUUCAAAAUGUCCUCAUCCCCCCGCUUCCGCCGCAAGCCCGCGACGCCUACACCCCCAUCCCCAUCCCCAUCCCAAAACGCACAAGCACAACAAAACACAGCUCCCAAAUCACCCGGCAGAAAAUCGCUCUUCCCGCCACUCCCGUCAUCAUCAUCACCAUCGUCACCAUCGCCAUCGCCGAGGAACCCCUACCGACGCACAUCGGACAUCUCAUUGCCUUCGGCGAUAACUUCAGCGACGCACAUCGCUACGACACCACUACUGCCCAGUGGUAUCCUACACAGUUACGACGGCGACAGCAAUAACAACCCCGGCAAAUCCUCCUCCCCCUCCCCCACACCCGCUGCUGCUUCUGCAACUGCAGCAGCAAGAGACGUCCCCGACGCACCCAUGUUCCGCGUGAAAACGUCUUCUUCCUCCUCCACAUCCGGGGGCGGAGGGAGUGGCGAUGCGCACGAAAAGAUGUGGGCGGAGAUGCAGCAAAAACUACAAGAAGUCGAGCUCUCGGCGGAUCACGUGUUCGGCUCCUCGCACGCAAAGUGCCUGGAGGAAUUGCGCGCGGCGCAAAUCGCGCUUGCGCAGGCUUGGAUGAGGAGUGAAGAGGAGGAGGGGGGGGCAGGGCUGGAUGGGGAGCAUGUGGAGUUUGGUAGGGGGGCUUUUGGGAGGGAUGCUGGGAAGGGGAAGGGCGUAGCUGGUUCUGCUGCUGGGGGAGAAGAGGGGGGUGAUAUGUUGGAGACUGAGGGGGAUAUAUUGCUUGCCCGCAAGAGGCGCUUGGCUAACGAUGAGCACUUCGCUCGUGUCGCCCGGUCCGUCCAGGACGUCACGAGGAGAUUGGAGGUGGUUGCUGAGGCUAUGGCUAGUGUUGAGAUGGAGAGUCGCGGCAUUUGGGCGGGGGGUACGGAUUCUGAUGGGACUUCUAUCCGGUGACUGGACGGCCAGAUAUUAUUAUAAUGGGUUUCUCGCAUACUAGGUUUUGAUGGGACAAAAAAAGUCCUCCUUACCCCCAGGGCUAUACGGCACACACACACAACAUAGCGAAACAAUUUUAACUACGGUAGAUAGUUUAUUGAAGAGCGAUAUGGGGAUAUUAUGAUAGCAAUUUAUAAAUACCAUAUACCUUA